AUGGAGCUCAAGUGCCUUUUGAUGUGGCUCUUGCUUGGAUCCGUCAAGGGGCACAAGCCAGAACAAUGUCCACCUCUUCCAAGGACUGAGUUUGCUGAUGUUACUGCUGAAACGUAUCCAGUGGGGACCAAACUGUAUUAUGAAUGUGACAGUGGCUAUGCGAGAAGAAGUGGACAGUACUCGGGAAUUCGGUGUCAGAGGAAAGAGCAGGUUGCUUCUUGGCUCUACAAGGAAUUUGAAUGCAUUGAUGAGAGAAUUUUGUUGUCAACGGCUCCCACAGAGGAGUUAGAUGUUACGCAGAAGCCAGAAAGAAAAACACAGAGCCCUGCACCCCACAAGCAAGAAAACCUUUCAGAGUUUGACCAGAAAGAUUUUUGUGGUCCUCCGAAGGCUAUUCCGCAUGCUUACUUAAGCCUGAACAAACAGUAUUACGUGGGACAAGUAUUACAUUUCAAAUGCCAGAGUGCUUAUGACAGACAACCCCCCACCUCUGGCACCCUCAGGUGCAAGAAGGUGAAUGGCAAAAUCAUCUGGACCCCCCUUGACACGCGAUGCACCAAUGACAGCCACAAGCGGCCACCACAGACUAUUGAGCCAGGUUCGACUCAUCCAUCCUUUUCCUCAUCUGUGAUACUGCCAGUGGCAGCUAUCUUUUUUGUCCUGCUUAUCAUCCCUGCCGUCUUUGUGUGA